UGCCCAAAUUCCUCCCACAAACAAUCCACUACAAGUGCUUUCACACACAACAAGAGUUUCAUCAGAUUCAUAGUAGUUUGCAAAAGAGAUUAAAAAAAAAAAAAGGAAAAUGGCCUACCACUCUUCUCAAAACUCUCAACCUGCUCUCCCUGUGCACCUGUGUUUCUUCUUGGUCACCUUGUUCAUGUUCCUGGGAUUCUCAUGGUACUCGAACUACGAGUCCAUAGUGGAGAGCAUCAUGGACCAAGUGAAGCUGGUGCUCAUGGUUUCUCCACUGCUGCUUCUGCUAGUGUUGCACUUCUUUUCCAACUAUGCAAGUCAUGGAGGCUUCUUCUCUUCACUCGUUCCUUUGCCUCAGAGAGAGACCCUGCAUGGAGGUGCUGGAACUCCUUGGGGCGUUGCCUUGCUCCUUGUUCUUCUUCUCUUCAUGGUGUCUUACCAGUCUUCUUUCCAAGAACGUUGGUUUCCUCUCCUCACCAGGUGAAAAUUAAGAGUCAAGUUCUUAAUUGGUUAUGUCAUCACACCACAUCACAUGUCAUGACAUGGAUCUUAAUUGGCUUGUAAUUAGUUACUGUAAUUUGGUGGGUUCUCGAGAUUUUUCUUGAAACGAGAUUUCACUUUUGUCUAUUUAUUUGUUUUUUUUUUUUUUUUUGGUUCAAAGGGUCAUGGUGUUCUUGCAAUAUAAAUAUGGAGCUAUGAGUUUCAGAUUUUCA